GCAUUACUGCAUUAAAUGUUUAUGUUUUGUAAUGAGGUAAUCUUCAUAGUGCGUAAUCCUUCGUAUCAUAAACGGUAGUCUGUUGUAUUUUUUUCGACUGAGUGUGUGGUUGUUGUUUUGUCUGUUUUUGUUUCUUUGCCAUUAAGCAAUAUGAUCUUGCAAUGAGACUGUUGGAAUAAGCAGAAAAGAUGAACGCAAGGUCACAGAUUUUAGAACUGUCUUUAGAAGAAAUACAGAUUGAAGAAGCAGCCCUUGCGUUAUUUCACACACUUCUUUUUCAUCGAACCACAGGAAAGUUCAAAUACAAACAAGAGGGCACGUAUUCAGUAGGUACAGUAGGCUUUGUGGAUGUCGACUGCGACUUUGUAGAUUUUACUUAUGUACGUUGUGAUUCAGAUGAGCUUGAUGGAGCCUUGAAGAAAGAAGUUUCAGGUUUCAACGAACUAAUGAGAUCAACAGAUGGACUACAGUGUGGUCAGAUUUGCUUAGAAUUUUACCAGAAACGAAAGAGUAGAUGGCCGUUUCCACCCGAAAACAUCCCGUGGGAAGUUUGGAUCGUGAAAGUGAAUGUGAUAUCACUCUCAAAUGAACAUGAGAGGCAAACAAAUCGUGAAAAACUUGGUGAGAUUUUAAGUGACAAAGUAUUGUGUAUAGCCGAAGCAAUAGAUAAAGCAGAUUACCUGCCUAAGGCACCAAACCAAUCAGAAAUUGAAUCUGUGUACGAUACUACAUACAAUGAUGUUCAGCCAUAUUUAUUCAAGAUAUCAUAUCAGUCGUCUACUCCUGGAAACGCAUCAAUGGGGACUACAGUUCGCAAGCUCCUUCGAGACACCCUAGCAUUAUGAAAGAAACCACAGAAUCUUGGAUGAAACUAUAUAUUUCUGUCAGUAUAUUGAAUGAGUUAUUAAAUAUAACAUCAGUGAAAUCUUAGAUAUAGCUACAAAUACAAUCAUGAGAUCUGCUAUUUAGGUCUCUAUGUUACAAAACUUAGUAUUUUUGAGUAGUCUAAAAAAAUUUGCCUGAACUGAAAUAAGUUGGUAAGAUAUAAUUUUAUAAUAAUCACUCUAUCAGUCAUGUUAGAACAUUAAUAAAUGCUAUACUGUGUUUUAUUUCAAAUAAUUCCAAUUAAAAAAUAAUCAUUGGAUAUUACGAGCAUUGGAAUGGUACCAAGUGUGUUUAAAUUCUGGAAAAAAACAAUUUAAGACAAGUACUGGUUAAAAAGGCGAGUUUUUAAGAGGUUGGCUGUGGUGUUAAAAGAUAUUCUUUUCCUUGUUUAGUGCCUGAAACAGUAUCCCCUUUUAUGUAAAAUACCGUUCAAGUUUGUUUUGUGGAAAUACCCACUUCCAUUGGUAACUAAUUCAGUCUAUUACCACACCCAAUGUUCUAAAUAAAUUCUCAAACAUUAAAUUGUAUAUAAUUAAAAUGUAUCUAUAAAUAUUAUAUUUAAAGAGGAAAGACUGGUUUAAAAGCAUGCUUGUCUAUGUAUUCAUGUGGAUUGAUAUAUUUAGUAUAUAGUGGCAAGUGUACCCAUAGUGCUCUAAUAGAGAAAAAUGGUAUUAAUACAAAAAAAAUGAUACCUAAAGUGUAAAUGUAAACAGUAAAUAAAGUAUAGUUAUACUUUAUACACAUUAAAAGGCACAAGUUACUAUUGCAAAUUGUCAAGAAAAUAAAUUUAUUCUGUGAAUUGCA